AUGUCUCAGCAGUUCAUUCUCGUGGUGGGGGACAUCAACAUCCCGACAAAAGCCUUCCAAAUCCCCAUUCAGUUCCGGGAAAUCUUCCACCCCAGGCGCAUAUCCCAUGUGAUUCUGACCGGGAACGUUACAUCAGCAGGCACUGUCUCGUUUCUCAAGACUAUCAAGUCUGAUCUACACGCAGUUCGAGGACCUUACGAUGAGACAAGCUACCCCGACGUGGACACGCGCAACUACUGCGGCUACAACAUCUCUGUAAUGAAUGGAAGCCAAUGCAUGCCGAUGGGGGACUCAGCACAGCUUUCUAAGUUUGCAAAGGUAUACGACAGCGAGAUCAUUUGUUCCGGAUGUGGCUGGCGCCCGUUCGUUGGAAUGGUUGAUAACGUUCUGGUGGUUAAGCCCGGGAGCCUGACUGGCAGUAUUAAGGAACAUGAGCCCGGUUACGCCGAUGACUCAUCUUACUGCUUUAGCCAGAGCUCACAACCAGGAGAGGAUGCAAGCUCUCUUACGGACUCUGAUGGAAUGAAGACAUAUGUGCCUAACCCAUCGAAGGUUUAUCCAUAUGUUCGCUAUACCAGCGAACCGUCGUUUGUCCUACUGGGAGUAUCGAAGGGUUCACCACUUGUUAAUGUCUUCACAUACAUCAUCCGUGAUACCCAGCUGGUUGUCUCAUCAUCGAAGUUUAUGGUUCCUAAACUUCAUGAACUACCAGAGCCUCAAGUAGAGAUGUUUAUGCAUCACAGAUCCUCACAAGAGCAACAGUCACAAGAACCUGUCGCUUUUGGAGGCCUAGGUAAUCCGCCGCAAACAGCACUGCCUCCGUCAUCACAGCAGUUUAACCCCUAUUCACCUUCUACAAUUAAUGCACAGAUAGGAGCGCCGUCUCAGGCGUGGCAGGUACCACCGUCCUUCCAAGGUGGAGAGGGUCUGCCGGGCCAGCAGUUUUCUAGUCAGUCAUCAUGGGCCUCUCAGCAGGUAUCUGCCCCUGCCCCUACCCUAGUGCAGCCUACCCCCAUUGCUGCCCCAGUGCAGCCUACCCCCAUUGCUGCCCCAGUGCAGCCUACCCCCAUUGCUGCCCCAGUGCAGCCUACCCCCAUUGCUGCCCCAGUGCAGCCUGUUGAAGACUCUGCUUCUUCUGUUACUACGUCAGCUGUGUCAGCAGCUCCACCGGCGCCCACUAAAGCGAAUCCUUAUUUGCAAGCUAAGGCGUCUCCUGGCACAAAUCCUUACCUUGCUAGCUCUGCUACUAAGCCUGCUAACCCCUAUCUUAAGGCAACGAAUCCUGGCACCUCUCCGACCAGUCCCCCAACAACAAAUCCAUACCUCAAAAUGGCGGGAGGAACGAGUGAAACGUCCCCAUAUCUUAAGAAGUUUGAAGAUUCUUAG